AUGUUCACAAAGGCCACCCGCAUCCCAGCCGCCGACUUCCACGACUUGUCCUGCGACCCGGGCCUCCAGGCGACGCUCACCGCCGAGACAAUCAUUGAGCAGCCCAGCAACCCCAUCCCCGUGUCGGGCUUCCUCCUCUCGGUGUGGCUGCGCGAUGAAGACUUGAGAAGCUACGACAUCGACCUCAGCAAGGUCGCUCUGCACAUGCCGAGUGCGGAAGAGGGCGCGCUCGCAGAGGGCUGGCGAUCCGGCAGCAGGGAGUACAAAGCGGACAAGCGCAAAAUGAGCAUCAUGAGCAAGCUUUUACGUAAAUACAUUCGAUAUCUCUCCCCACUCAUAGGCAAGUUCCUUAGCUCGUCCAAUUCUCCAGAUAGUGGCGACCGUAACACCGUCGUGAAGCCUGCCGCGUUCGUUGCGAAUUGCCUGCAGCUCGCGGGGCCCGUCCCCUCUUUGCUUCACCACCGCUACGUCAACUCCGCGCCCUUCGUGAAAGGGUUGUUCCGCAAGAGAGGCCACGCGCUACACAAGCAACAUAUGGAGGGCGAGGAGACGGACCGAGCGCAGGACCGGGAGGGCACCAAGAACGAGGGCAGCGUGGAUGGAAAAGACGAGAAGAUCAGCAACGAUUUCGCUGCCAUGACUCGCCAGUCCCUCCGGAUAAUGUCGUGUGGGACGAACAACCGUAGAUUCACGUAUGACAUCAUGCUGGACGGCAAGUGGCGGUCAAUUGUGAGAAACUGGAGACCAGAUGACCAUGGAGUUCCCAGCAAGUACACCCCAUGCACUCGGACGUCGAGAUCGUGUAGCGCAGCGAGCUCUUCAUGCGCGUCCCCUGCGGCACCAUCACACCGCAGCCAAGGACCCGUCGCUCGACGCCUCGCGCGCCCAAGCCCAAGCCCGCAGAACAUGCAGACCGACACCCACGGCCACGACCCGCCAGCGCCGCACGAGUUCGUGAACGACAACGACUCGGGGACGCAUCGGCCGUGCGCGAACCUGUUGCGCGUGCUGCACGCGUACCUUGUGUCGCCGCACAACCUCGACCUCGGCGCGCUCGGGCACGUCACGACGCUGAACGCGUUCGGCGAGCGGCUCAAGCGAUGGAGGGACGCGCGCUAGCGGGUGAGGGCGAGGGGCGAGGGGUGAGGGAGAACCAGGAUCAGGGUGCGCAGGCAAAAAGGGUGGAGGAACAGCCUGGGUCUGGGGAUAGCGGGUCCUCGGGCCAGCGAGUCACGAGAGGACAGGGCUGAUUUAUUUACCUUGCAUAUGUUAGAUACCGUGCACACUGCUGGCUGUAAUUCCUAUGUGCUCGAUGUUCCCCGUAAUUAUUGUUUCGCUGGCUGGACUUUGUUGUCUAUUGACAUUUGUACAUUUGUAACAGCAUCUGUAUAUCUACGAGUCCCGACGUGGCAGCCCAUACUGUUCGGGCUUGAAGUC